AUGUUAAAGAUAAGCAAUCGGUUGUGCUCAUUUGCACAGAGCAACAGAUACUUUGCAAGCAAUGCUGCUACUUUGUCCAAACUGAACGAAGAAGGCAAGGAGGGUACAUUCGAGUUCCGUGUAAAGUACUAUCGUGAUGGUCAACAUCAGAUAUCACCAUGGCACGAGGUACCUUUGGUUCAUAGUAACAACAAACGAACUCUAUACAACUACAUCAAUGAGAUGCCAAAGAACUCCAACGCCAAGAUGGAGGUGAACACCAAGGAGCUGCUCAACCCCAUCAAACAAGACAUCAAGAAGGGACAGCUACGCUACAUCAAGCACGGCAACUUGUUGUUCAACUAUGGUUGUCUACCACAGACAUGGGAGAAUCCUAAACUGGUGGAUCACAGAACGAAGCAUCCAGGUGACAACGACCCCAUAGACGUGGUUGAGGUUGGACAACAGGUGAUAGGACGUGGUGAGAUCAAACAGGUCAAGGUCAUUGGUGCACUGGCCCUAAUCGAUGAGGGUGAGACUGACUGGAAGGUGUUGGCCAUCAAUACUGAUGACUCAAACUUUGACAAGAUCAAUGACUUGAAGGACUUGGAGAAGGUGUUACCUGGCACAGUGGAUAAGGUAAGAGAAUGGUACAAAGUGUACAAAGUUGCCGAGGGCAAGCAAGAGAAUGAGUAUGCUCUAAAUGGACAGCCAAUCGACCAUGCUGAAACAGAAGGUGUAAUCUCAGAGACACACCAACACUGGAAGGAUUUGACCAAAGGUAACACAAAGUUGGUGUUGGAAUAA